AUGGAAUCAUUUGUUGUAACUAAAACAGGACAUCAUAUGGAUAUUCCUGAUGGUUCAUAUGUUAAAUUAUUAAAUUUUGCAUAUAAAGGAAAUAAACCAUCAAGUGUUGUUUUAAAAGUUUAUAAUGAAAAAGAAGAAGAAUUACGAGCUAUCUUAUGUACACUUACUCCAGAACAUCCUCAAUACUUUGCUGAGAUUAUUGUAGCAGGCCCAUCUGCUGAUUUUGAAUUAAUUGGAGAUGAUGAAAUUACUGUUUAUAUGGAUAUUGAUUUUGAUGAUAUAACAAAGUUUGAGGAUGAUGAUGAUAUGACAUUUGAUGACAUGGAGGAUGACGAAGAAGAGGAAGAGUCUCCUAAGAAAGAAGUUAUUAAAAAAGAGGAAAAGAAACCUCAACCACCUAAACAAGAAAAAAAACCUCAACCACCUAAACAAGAAAAAAAACCUCAACAACCACAAAAGAAGGAAAGUAAGCAACAACAACCACAAAAGAAGGAAAGUAAGCAACAACAACCACAAAAAAAACAAUUCCAAGAAAAUAAAAAGAAGAAUAAAAACCAUGGAAAAAAACAACACUAA